AUGCCUCAGAACAGCUCCAGCAACAACCAGCAAGGCGGCUCGCAGCAGAGCGGGAGCGGUCAGUCCUCCAACACUUCCAGCGACUACCGCGUCGCAAAGGAUGCCGGCUUCGACAGCACCUACGACUUCAUGCUGUCGCACGGUCUGCACGUGUCUGACCCUGAUCAGAUGGCCGAGGGCAAGGCCAUCCUUCAGGGUUAUCGAGAUGCCGAUGCCAGGGAGCAGGCAUCCAAGGGCUCUUCCUCUUCUUCGGGAAACCGAAGAUAA